AUGGCGUACGUCGGCUGCAUCCUGUAUCCCGACUCCUCCUCCAGCAAGCAAGCAAGCUUCAUCUGGAGGCAAUGUGUCGCACAUCAUGUGAGAGGAGCAUUAUGGACGAAAGAUGUUUGCGGGCCCAAAGUGCGAGGUGAGCUCUCUCAUGCAUGCCACUUCAUGACUGACUGCUCUCCGUCUUUUUCGGAUCGGAAGGAUCGUCAUCGUGGAGAACAAAAGAGAUUGAACAUGGAGUCGCUUUGCAGGGACCGCACGGGAGCAGGACCCACGCCAACUCCGGUACAGCCGUUGCAAAGUGGCGGGAUGCCAUCGACCAUUGCGAACAAAAGCUCGAUUUUGCUUACGACCGUUGCGGGCUUUGCCAACGGCAGCGAAUCAAUAUCACAAGAUACGCAACGGCUGAAAGUUUGGACCAACUUCCAAAAAGCCCAAACUAACCUCCUCCUCCUCCUCCUAUCAGCCCUCUCCAAAGUCUCAACCGACAUGAACGCCCUCCUAACAAUCACCAUCAUCGACAAAUUCUCACCCGGAGGUUUCGAUCAAGACGCCGAGGACUCGUCUUUCUGGGCGGCGUAUCACGAUUGUGACUAUGAUGAGGAGUGCGUGGCGUUGUUGAGCGAUAUUGAUGGACGGGAGACCGGGGCGAGGGAGGAGAAGAGGGGGAGGACUUGGUGA